AUGGCUUGGGUGACUGCCACAGCGCAGAAGCGAGGCAUGGACCACAGCCUCACCACGUACAGCAGCACCGAGAGCACCUCGCUCCUGAUGAUUGGGCUCUUUCCCACAAAUGAGAAGGGGCUCUGCUCCCACAUUCCCACUUCCUUCCUCCCCCUGGCCAUGCACUCAAUCCCCUUCCUGGUGUGUGCCCCAGCUCUUCCCAACCGGAUUCCCAGCAACUUCAGUGAACAAAGGAAUGUGCCAUCCCCGUCCAAAACAAGCCAGCAACCCGAAUCCCAGGAGGGGAAACAGACGAUUAUCAAAGAUCUUCAGCCUCUUCAAUACACAAAAGGUGAAACCGCCAUGAAUCUCUACCCAUUGUGGAUGAUUGGAAUCUUGGUGGGAAUGCUUGGAGUUUCCACGGAACUCCAGCUGCCUUCAGUGCUGACGCGAGAUUACAGCGAGGGUUUGCAAAAUUCACCCAUGCUGCCUGACCCGAUGAGUUCCUCCAGCAGUUUUAUUUUUCAAAUCCUGAAUCCCCGAUCAGCGAGGUGGAGGGUCGAUGAGGAGUUAGACAGACUUCCAGGUGAGCUGCCACUUUGUGCCACUUGUCAGGAGGCAGAGAAGUCGCCCGCUCUCCAGGACUUGUCCCAGAGACAGGCCCUGUUGUCUGAAACAUGGAAGCAAAAUGGGAAACAAGUGCAGAAGAAGUCCAGCCGCCAAAGGUCACCGUACAUCCUGAAACGCCAACUUAUCUUCAACAACAAGUGGCCUUACAUCCUGUGGCCUUUCCUGGGAAUUCCGGUGCCUCUCCGCUGAUCCCUGGCACCACCCUGCUCCCUGCCUCACAGUGUGAAACCACUCUCAAGCUAAAUAGUCAA